AUGAAUGGUCCUUGCCCAGGCGAAGCGACUGGGGUAGACCCUCAGGAUCCCCCAAAUGAGGAACUCAUAAAUGUGAAGAAAACAUUUCUGGGAGAAGAGGAAGAUGAAUACACGAAGAGCAGUCGUCGGUAUUUACAGAACGAAGAGAACUACGUGAAUCGAAUAAAAACAUACAACGUAUGGGUACAAAAACCUGCACAUCUAUCCUCACUCCUUUUGGCUAGAAACGGGUUCAUAUGUGAAAAUGAAACUACGGUAAGGUGUGAAAUGUGUAGAUGCAAUUUUGUGUACGAUAAGGACACGUAUUCUAUGUACACAAAAAUAAACGACCUAUGCUUGCUUCAUUUGAAAAAUUGCCCCUGGAAAGGGAAGUUAAUGGAUCUGCAAAUUUUCCAUCUCGAUGGCGAAUCAUUAAAACGGGACAACCUAAUUAGGGAAUACCAAAAUGUUACCACAUUCCUGCAAAAUGGUACACAUGAUGUGCCAUAUAUUGACAUAAAAAAAACGUUUAACGACUUGCUCCUACUUGUUAAAAAACACCUGACCAAUGAGGACUCGAAGAAGAAGUUUCAGCUUUUCAAUUCUUACCUAGAAUUAUUCAAGAGUCACUACAUCGAAAUAUUUAAGAGUCACAAAAAACUGGUCGACCGAGGAAUGCGGCUUAUUCGAUCGAAUUACAAACAUUUGAAGAACCACGUUGUGGAUGAAGCCUUCCUAAACAGCCUGACAUAUGACCCUCUAGACGUACACGCAUACAUAAACAUCGUAGCAGAUGCGAAUGGCACAACGCAGAAACCUAGGCAUCCCAAUGCAGACCUCAACAUGUACUUCAAAAUAGUAAACCAGCUGAAGAACUGCGAAUACGAAGAUGUUAAUAUUUACAAGCUCAUCGCGUUGUUUGGGUGGACAUAUAGAACAUAUCCUCAGGGGGAGGACCCAAAUGUCACUUCGGAGAUCCUCUACUGUAGGUACUGCUUUAGGGAGGUUAACUUGAGUGAUUAUUCUACCCUUUCGAGAAGCCACAACACGAUGGAUUUGUUCAAGACCAGCGAUAUAGUGCUCUCCGGGGAGGUUGCAAACCUGUCUGUAGACCAGGCGCGCGACGCGCUGGAACGCCUCAUCGAGUUGGCCCAUGGCUGGGUGGAAAUGGAAGAGGAGGACGAGGGUGAAGAAAAGGAUAGUGAGGUAAGAGUGGGUGAGCAAAAGGAGGAAUCGGAGGAGGAAACAGAAGAAGAGGCCAUAGAAAAAGAGGUGGUAGAAAAGGAGAAGAAAGAAAAGCCGGGGGAAGAAAUUAACGGUGUAGAACAGAAAGGUAACGAACAUGUAAGCGACGACGCGAAGAGCGACUCCAAUGACGGAAGCGGCUCAGAAGCCCAUGCCACCGAUGGUGGAGGCGACCACCAAGAGAACGCGCAGGAGCAGGAGGGAUUCUCCUUCAAGUGGAGCAUCAAACAGUUCUUUCUCCCAAAAAAGAGCACCGACAACGCGGGUAAGGACGACAGCGCCAGUGACGUCUCGCCAAGUGAAUGUCCUUCGACUAGCAUCAACCAGGGCGCAUUAACCCCAAAUGGGAAAGGGAACCCACUGCGUGUAAAGAAAAGAAUAAAGAGAAAAGUACAAUUCAAGAAUAUGCUUAGCCGCAUAUUCCUCGAGGUGACUAGUUACACAGAGGACGAAAAUUUAUUCAGCAGAGGUGCGCAUGAUUGUUAUGUAUUGAGAGCAGGCCCCCACUUGGCCCAUUUGGAUAAGGAGCGCACGCCAGCGGAGGACGAUGAAGAUAGGGCCAACUGCACGGAUAAUACUGCAAGCUGCACAGACACUGCUGGCAUCACGCACAAGCGCACCAUUCGAGCGUUCAACUUGAUUGAGAACCAUCGGGCCUUCUGUCCAUACAUGACGGAAGACCUGUACUCGUUCUCCAAGAUAACGAGGCUCCUCUUUGAGUUGGUCAUGUCGGAGUUUCAGCGGCGGUACGUCAUGAGGUAG